AUGACGAGAGUAUAUUUUGUGACAAUUUUCUUCUUAAUUGUAUUAUUAUUGUUGUGUGAAAAUGAAGUUUUGCCAUUUGACUCCAACAACAAAUAUCAAGAUGAAAACUUUCUUUCAAAUGCUUAUAAUGAUUAUGGAUUACAAUAUUUAAAGAAUAUGAAUGAUAAUAAGCAAUUUUUUAAGAAUGAUAAUUUUUUUGAGAAACGUAAAUUUGAAAGUAAUGAUUAUGAAUCAUUUGUACCAAUUGCCAAACCAUCAUGGGCUGGAAUAGGAGGUGUAUGGGGAAAAAGAAGUAGUAACCAAAAUUUAGAAUAUAGAAAUAAUUUAAUGUUUCAAAAAUUAUUUGGUUAA